GUUCGCGUAUAAAUGAAUUGCUUUAUCGCUGGUGGCCAGUUACUCCAAAACAUUCACUCGAACCAGCACAACAGCAGAACAUAGAUUGGGUGAUUUUAGGUUUUUGAUUGUGGAAAUUUUUUGGGUUUUUUUUUGCCAGUGUGAAACAAAAUGAUCAAGUACCUGGUUGCAGUGUGCAUCCUCGGGGGGAUGCAGUUGGUGAACGCCCAGGUGAAUCCCUGCGAGGGAAUGGCUAGUGGUUUUGUGGCACAUCCUGCGGACUGUACCCGGUACUACUCAUGUGUCAACAAUGUCGCCUACGAACGUCAGUGUCCCGCGGUGUAUCCGAUUUUCCGAGCUGAUACGCAAAUGUGUGACUCGGGAAAUCCAGCAGAGUGUGUCACUUGUCCUCCAGCGGGCAUCCAGCGGUUCCCGAUAACUGGAUCUUGUACGCGAUUCGUGCUGUGCCUGAAUGGAGCUCAACAUUUCAGCGAAUGCCAGAACGGGUUGGUGUUCGAUGCCACCAUUAGCCAGUGUAAUCUUCCGGAAAAUGCUCCGGUAUGCCUGGAUGCGCAGUGUCCCGCCGUGGAUGAUCCAGCCAAUCCGGUGUUCAUCCGUCAUCCCACAAACUGUGCGAUUUACUUUAUCUGCUUGGCUGGCAGUCCCAUUGAGCAGACCUGUCCAACGGGAACCGCAUUCAACACUGUCACAAACGUUUGCGAUAGGGAAACCAGUGUCACGUGCCCGGCGUCUUGGCUACCCAAGGCCAGUUCCUUUAUCCUAGCUCCCGAAAAAACUGCUAAAGCCAACGACCGGUGCGCCGGUAGAUCGGGCAUUUCCUACCUCCCAGAUCCGGACAAUUGUUCCCGUUACUACAUGUGCCUGAACGGUAAAGAGUUCAAUGCAGCGUGCAGCUCCGGCUUGAUUUUCGACACCAUAAGCUCAAAGUGUAGCAAACCGGAAGCGUCCACCUGCGUGCGUGACAAUCCCUGCUCAAACGCCGUUGGCGUAGAGUACAAACCCCACCAGACCGACUGUAACGCGUACUACAUGUGCAUGGGCCAAUCGUUGUUCAAGCUGACAUGCUCUCCCGGAAACAGCUUCGACGUAACCACCCGAAAGUGUCAAUCCCAAGCGAGAGCCACCUGCUACGGGCAGACCGCCCAGAACAACCUUGUCUGCGUUGGCAUUUCCGGAGUCGGUUCCGUACCCGAUCCUAACGAUUGCUCCCGUUACUAUCUGUGCAUAAACGGACAAGGACACGCCCAACAGUGCGUCCCGGGGCUGAUCUUUGACGUCGUAACAUCCCAGUGCAACCGUCCGGAGGUUUCCGUCUGCGCCAAUGAAGUAGCUUCCCCUCCGACCGCAGCUCCAGCCGUUCAGAUCCCACCAGUAACCCCUCCACCCUACGUCCCGGCACCGAUUCCAGCUCCAAUGCCUGCCCCGAUCCCGGCACCCGUCCCCGUUCCCUCGUAUCCCGGUACGCCGUACUGCACCCCAGGCCAAGAAUACUAUCGCUCGCAUCCGGACUGUCGAAAAUUCUACUGGUGCGUCUAUGGAACAUUGUACGAGAAGAACUGCCCGCCCAACCAGCACUGGAACCCGGAGCGCGAGUACUGUGACUACGUGUGGAACGCCAGGUUUAUCAAGAUUUGCGACUUCAAGCUCGUAUUAAACGCUGCUAUUGCUUUCAAUCAGUUUCAUUCGUCAAAAUCCAGUCGAAGGUUAACAAUGAAAACCAUCGUGAGCCUUGCGAUCCUCGUGGCCUUCGUAGCCACGGCCAGCGCAAAUCGCUGUGCCAACGAACCGGAAGGAACCGUGCUGCCAUCGCGAGAGUGUCAAUUCUACGUGCUGUGCCAGGGAGGUCGUGAACACCAAGUACGCUGUCAGCCCAUGGGAACGUUCUUCGACGUGCGUCGGUUUGAGUGCGACAGUCGUCCGAAUGUCGAGUGCUGGGAUGGUGGAGAUUUUUCGACCACCGAGCGUCCAGGAAACCCAGGAAAUGAAACAUCAACACCGAUCCCACAGAGGAAUCGCUGCAACGACCAACCCAACGAUACUUUAUUGCCUUCGCUGAACGAUUGUUCCUACUUCGUGACCUGCCAGGAUGGUUUGGAGAUGGAGCUGGAGUGUCGUCCAGAGGGAACAAAGUUCGAUCACGUUCGUGAAGUCUGCGAUCAUCCGGAGAAUGUCGAGUGCUACAACCCAGAUCGUUGUGAGCUAGAGGAGGACGGAAGCAUCAUCCCCUCUGAGACCUGCACGAACUUCCACAUCUGCCGCAACGGAGUUAAGAGUGACGAAAUCACCUGUGUCCCCGAAGGAACCCUCUUCGACUAUAAUCGUAGAGUGUGCGAUCAUCCGGAGAACGUAGUCUGCUGGGGAGAAGAGGCAGAAGUUACGGAACCGACUACGGAAGGAUCUGGAACUACUUUGGAACCAACGCGUCCGCCAGUUCCCGAAGACAUCCCGAGUGACAUCUGCCGAGGAAUCGUGAUCGAUAUCCUGCCCCACCCCGGAGAUUGUACCCAGUUUGUGGUGUGCGUUCUUGGACAACCCUCGGUGGACAGCUGCCCGCCGGAUUUCAUCUUCUAUCCGCAGGUUGGAGUUUGUGGCUAUGGAAACACUGAAACAUGCGACAUUGAUCCUCGCUGGCUGGAAGACUACCUAAGGGAGCAGGAGCGUCUUGAGGCUUUGGCAAUGAGUUGCCAGUUCUACGUCGUCUGUCAGAAUGGUCAAGAACACCAAGUGCGCUGCCAACCCAUGGGAACCUUCUUCGACGUUAACCGCAUGGUCUGCGACAGCCGUCCAAGUGUCACGUGCUGGGAUGGAGUGGUCACUACGACGACGACCACCACCACUACGACUGAGGCUCCGGUGACCACUGAGGAAUCGACCACUGAAGCAACCGAAACCACCGCUGAAGAAAUCGUCACUGAAGAAUCCACCACCGAGGAAAUCAUUACGGAAGAAGUCACCACUGAGGAAAUCCCGGAGGAAACCACCGUGGAGGAAAUCGUCACGGAGGAAUCUACCACCGGUGAACCUGCCACGACUGCUGCUCCGCCAAACUUUACCGAAAUGUGCCGCGGGGUCGUCGUUGACAUUUUGCCCCACCCAACGGAUUGUGCGCAGUUUGUGGUCUGUGUCAUGGGCCGUUAUCAGCUGGAGCAGUGCGAUGAGGGUCAAAUUUUCUACCCGAUGGUGCGCAUUUGCGGGGAGGAGAUUCCCUCCAACAGCUACUGUUUGCUUCCAGAUUUUCAAAAGUGUAAUAUGAAAUCCACCGUGUGCUUCCUUGCGUUGGCCUUCGUGGCCACGGUUAGUGCCGUGCCAAGAUCAACGGACCGCUGUGCGGACGUCCCGAACGGAACCGUCUUGCCGUCAGUCCAGUGCCAGUACUUUGUCGUUUGCCGAAGAGGAUUUGAGCACCAAGUGCGAUGCACUCCCAUGGGAACCUUCUUCGAUGUCAACCGGAUGGUGUGCGAUACUCAGUCGGAUGUCACGUGCUGGGAUGGCGAAGAGGUGACGACGGAGGGAUCGGAUACCACCGAGGGAUCCACUACCGAUUCCAUGUCCUCGUCGGAAGAAACUUCGGAAGAAUCGUCGGAGGAAUCAAACUCUUCUUCUUCGUCAUCAUCGUCGUCUUCUUCCUCCUUCUCAUCAUCAUCGGAAGAAUCAGAUGAAACCUUCUCCCACAUUCAUGAGAUCCCUGCCGCGCCGAAAUCAACUAACCGUUGUAAGGAUGUCGCGAGUGGAACCAUCAUGCCAUCCCUCGAUUGCCAGUUCCACGUCGUCUGUCAGCAGGGUCGAGAAAUGAAGGUGCGCUGUCAACCCAUGGGAACCUUCUUCGACGUCAACCGCCAGGUUUGUGACAAACGUCCGAGGGUCACCUGCUGGGAUGGGUCUGAGUCAUCCGAGAGUACGGAGGAGACAACCGUUGCGGAGCAAACUACCACUGAAGAUGCUACGACGACGGCUUCUUCGAAGGAAUCAUCCAAGGAGUCCUCCAAGGAAUCGUCCAAGGAAUCGUCCAAGGAAUCGUCCAAGGAAUCCUCCAAGGAAUCGUCCAAGGAAUCCUCCAAGGAGUCAUCUAAGGAAUCUUCCAAGGAAACAUCUGGGGAAAACUCCGACGAAACUACUACCACUGGCACCGAUGAGACAACUUCAGAGUCUGCCCAAACCGAAACCGUUACGGAGGAGUCCACCACCGGGGAACCUGCCACGACUGAGGUGGCCACGACUGAGGUAGCCACGACUGCUGCCCCGCCAACCGUUGCCGAAUUGUGCCGUGGUAUCGUUAUAGAUAUUCUGCCUCACCCAACGAACCCCAAGCAGUUUGUGAUCUGUGUCAUGGGCCGUUUCCAGGUGCAGCAGUGCAGAGAAGGAUCUCUAGUACAACUACUAGCUUUGCUGGUGGUAUCGGUAUCGUUCGUAACCGCCCAAAGCAGAGGCUACGAUGAAGUUUGCUUAGGCGCCAACACCACGUACGUGGCAAGUCCGAUCUCGUGCGAGUAUUACUAUCUCUGUCUGGAUGGAACCGCGUACGGAUACAACUGCGAUGACGGCAAAUGGUUCUCGACGGAACUCCAGGCGUGCGUUCCUCCGGAAGAGUCAGACUGUGACAUCGAGCCAGCACCGGAACUUCCCACCGCUCCACCACCAACGCCUAAUCCAGUGUGUGAGGGCGUUCCAAGUUACACAUAUGUCCGGUCCAUGGAAACUUGCCAGUACUAUUACAUGUGCAUUGAUCAGGUUGCGUACCUGCUGUCCUGCCCUAAGGGAUUCUGGUUCAACGAAGAAGCUCAACGCUGUGGAAACCGCUACGAGUUCGAAUGCGACCUGGAACCAUCAACCCCGACGCCACCUCCUCCGCCACCAAAUCCAUGCGCCGACCAGCCAAACUUUGGCUUCAUCCAGGAUCCCAGCUACUGUUACCGUUUCUCGAUGUGCAUGAACGGCUAUCCCUUCCCGAUGGUCUGCUGGGAUGGACUCUGGUUCGAUUACGAAGCCCAGACCUGCGUUGAUCCGUCCGAGACGGAGUGUGGUGCAACCACUCCUCCACCGAAUCCACCCCCACCAGCUCCGGAGAUUUGCCGUGACGUAGUGGACGGCUUCCGGGUGCUUCAUUACAGAUUCUGCAACGAGUACUUUACCUGCAACGGUGAGGUAGGAACACCGACCAUUUGUCCCGACGGAGAUUGGUUCGACCAGCAGAGUCAGGCUUGUGUGCACCCGAUGGACGCGUACUGUCCCCACGGCGGCCAGCAGAGACCUCCGACGCCGAACGUGUGCCGUGGUGUGGACGAUGGGGAUCUGGUUCCCGCACCGGACAGCUGUUCGUACUAUUACGUCUGCGCCAACGAGGAGGGCUACCGCGUGGCCUGUCCGCCAGAUCAGUACUUCGAUGUGUACCGUCAGUCGUGCGAGUACAGUGCCAUCUGUAAUUUGUGAAUAUAGGUCCAAUCACUGUGUAGUUGUAUGACAAUAAAUGCUUGGUUCUGUGUAA